AUGAAACAAAUUGUAAUCGGGUCACUUACACCGCGUGUUGCCUUUUCUCUUUCAGGGAAGCAAAGGGCAGUUAGAAACCCCACUCCAGGACCUUCUCAACACCAAGCCGCAGCCCUGCUAGAAAUACGAGCAGUACUCGACAACAAGAACGUGGAGAAGCAUGCGGAGUUAAUGACGGCUUACCUCCUACGUUACAAUCCUGAGAAACCUCGCGUCAUGGCAGUUGAAACCGACCGAGCACCAGACGUACGAGUGACCGGUACCGAAGCUACGGCUCCUGUAACUCAAAACCCGACAGUUCCUACAGGAAAACAAACCAAGUCUAAGCCAUCCAGUGCUGCGGCAAGAAAGAUACCAGAAGGAAGGCCAAUGUCGGAAGACGAAAAUGACAGUCGACCAACUCCUAGAGGUAGCGGUUUUGUCGAGAACGGUAUCGAGUUUGCGGAAGGACAAGUCCCUAGCCAUCACAUGGCCGAACUUACUGUCUUCUGGGAUAACCGGAUAAGGAAAGUAAAAGGUUAUGUACCGGUGUCAAUGUUCAAUCAAGCCUGGUUAGAAGCAAACCGGAGAUUAGAAGGAAAGAAGUCAAAGAAAAAGAAAAAGUGUGAUGAUUCGGACUCUGAUGACAAGACUUACGAAGGACUCUCUUACCCUGACAAACUUCGUUUAUCCUAUGGCGAUUGGGUUACUUGCUUUAAUCUGAUGCUUGAAUAUUUCCGCGACUGGUUCCACUUUGAGAAAAUGGCAGAGAAUGAGGCGCCAGAUCUGGACAAUUCGAGUCGAAGGAGGGAAAGUCGGUGA